CUGAUAUGCAGUACGGGAGCUUGAAAAGGGAGGGGGCUUAACAUUGGGUCUGGUAAGAUUUAGGACGGCAAGAUCAGGCAUUGUGGUCUGCUCCAGCACUGAGUCUGCAGCUAACCUCCUUGCUGUAUGUACCUGAGGAUCUGAUUUGACUUUUUAAUUUAUCCCUGAACUUAGUUGAACUCAGAUCACCAUCAUGGAGGCCAUCAAGAAGAAGAUGCAGAUGCUGAAAUUGGACAAGGAGAAUGCCAUCGAUAGGGCGGAGCAAGCUGAGACCGAACAGAAAGCUGCUGAGGAGAAGUGUAAGCAGUUGGAUGAUGAGCUGAUUAGCCUGCAGAAAAAGCUGAAGCAGACUGAAGAUGAACUGGACAAGUAUUCUGAGGCCUUAAAGGAUGCCCAGGACAAACUGGAACUUUCUGAGAAGAAAGCUGCUGAUGCUGAAGCCGAUGUGGCAGCCCUGAACCGCAGGAUCCAGCUGGUGGAGGAGGAGUUGGACCGGGCACAGGAAAGGCUAGGCACGGCGCUGCAGAAACUGGAGGAGGCUGAGAAAGCAGCAGAUGAGAGCGAGAGAGGCAUGAAGGUGAUUGAGAACCGUGCAAUGAAGGACGAGGAGAAGAUGGAGAUACAGGAGAUGCAGCUAAAGGAAGCCAAGCACAUUGCUGAGGAGGCCGACCGAAAAUAUGAAGAGGUGGCUCGUAAACUUGUGAUUCUUGAAGGUGAGCUGGAACGAGCUGAAGAGAGAGCCGAGAUGUCUGAAUGCAAAGUCGGUGAUCUAGAGGAGGAGCUAAAGAAUGUAACCAACAACCUCAAGUCCUUAGAAGCUCAGGCAGAGAAAUACUCAGAAAAAGAAGACAAGUAUGAGGAGGAGAUUAAGGUCCUCAGUGACAAACUGAAGGAGGCUGAGACCCGAGCCGAGUUUGCAGAGAGAUCAGUGGCUAAACUGGAAAAAUCCAUUGAUGACCUAGAAGACGAGUUGUAUGCACAGAAGCUGAAAUACAAGGCCAUCUCGGAGGAGUUGGACCAUGCCCUCAAUGAUAUGACCUCUAUGUAGCUGCUGCUUUUUCUUCUCUCUCUCUCUCUCUCUCUCUCUCUCUCUCUCUCUCUCUCUCUCUCUCUCUCUCUCUCUCUCUGCUCUGUGGCUGACUGAAAUAUCUUACACACUGUCUGCUGUUUUACUAUGCGAAGUCAAAUAAAAGCUCUCUUUUCCUAUUUCCCACAAUGCUUUCUUUCAUGCUUUCAUUCAUUAUUGUUUUUUUUAGUAAUAUAAUUAUUAGACCAGACAGACAGGCACACAUACACACACACACACACACACACACACACACACACACACACACACACACACACGCACCUACUGUACAUAUGUCUUAUGCUAUUACACAUUAAUUACAUAUUUAAAUUUACUCUUGUAUUACAUUAUUUUAUGAGAUCAUAAAAUUUAUUGAAAAAUUACCAGUUUUGUUGUAUGUGUUGAAAGUCAACAGGUGAGGUAAAGUUUAUAUUUCACACCCUCUGCGUGUUUACAUACAAUUCACACCCUCUGCGUGUCUUCCCUCUUACACAUAAAUGUGUGUUUAUUGUUUCCGUAGCAUGAGCUAAAUCUACGUGCAUGUUGGUUUAUCACAAAUGAACCUACACUUAGUGCAUGCAUGUACUGUAUAUCCUGCAGCUGCAGAGGCACACUGAAUCAGAAAAGGACUAACAGAAACAGAAAAAGGGAAAACCACCUCUUCUCAAGUGCAGUAUGCAUUGACCAAACAAUUCCAAGCACUCAUUUUGCUUUUUAUCUUAUCUUUUUGUAGAAAAAUUAGCAAGUGCCAAAGAAGAAAACCUCGGAAUGCAUCAAGUUCUGGAUCAGACACUGCAGGAGUUGAACAGCAUAU